AGCUGACAGGAAUUUCACUUGCUCUUGGUAAUCUGUAAUAUGGAUUUUACAAACGGGACACUGCUAGAGAUCAUGCGGGUGAUGUUGGAGCCUGAGGAAGAUGUAGCUCCCAAGCUCCUACUGCUCAUGAGCACCAUGAGCAAAGGAUUGAGAUAGCUAAAAAUAUCACUCACCCCCUAAUUAAGGUUUCUAGCCCCACAGAAAGAACCCCACAGGGGUUUCCAGCCCCUGUCUCCCCUGGGCAGAGCAGCCUGCGUAUGUUCCUCACUCAUUUCAACACAAAGUUAGCGGAUUUAGCCCAGCCUGCUGUGGCACACAGUUAGGAUUAAUGCUGAUUUUUUAUGGCAAAAGGGAACAGAAGCGGUUGUGGGCUGCACCUGGGGCAAAGUACCUAAACGGGGGCCAUACAGGGGACACGAGGGCACAGUGGGACCCGCAGGGAUGUGAGGCUCAGGACCACCCCAAGUCGCACGGAGGUGGCUGGUGGCUGCAGACCUGCAAAUCUUCCCUGGGUUGGCAAAACCCAAAGCACAGGCAGGGAGGGCAAACCCCUGCGUCUGUGUUUACUCUCCGUAAUCUCACUUUAAACGGAGAGGAGGCAGUUUGCAUAUUUAUUUGGCAAAUUUGUUUGGGAGAAGCGAGCUGCCUCGUUGGUAAGCUGCAGAAAUGCAUCUCCCCGCAACGAGGAGCAGACCAAGCGAGGACACCCGGGAGACGGCUGGCACAGCCCCAGCCCCGUGUGUUGCUAACGGGGGCUCUUUCCAGCGAUGAGUUUUGUUGGUCCAACAGCCCAGACCGUCCUCUUUUGGAUCUGCCUUGCUGCUGCCAGACUUGAAAGCAGCGGGGUGCUGCCGCUGAUGAUUCACGCGGCUGGCAUCCCCUCUGAGACCGAAAGGGCGAUGCUCUAAAAAUGCCUGCGCUGCCUCGAGAGGCUCGGACAGCCCUGACAGAGGGCUGCAGGAGCAGCGCUGCCCUGAGAGAAGGACUGCUGUUAUCAGCCUUUCCCAGAAAGGUCAGAGCCGUCUGGAACGCCAGCCACGGCCAUUCCUGCUCUGUUAUUUGACACGCGGAGGCAGCAGUCCCAAUGCCAGGGAUGGGCAGAGACUGGGCUAAAUACGUGUGAUGGGCUGAAUGGCAUUUGAGCCCUGUGCUUCCCAUUAGAGUCAGGGAAAAUUACAAUCCGAAAACAUACGAUGGUGUUUUAAGCACUUAGAGCGGAAAGAAAUAAUCGGUGCUCAUGUCUGCAUUCCUCCUCAGGAGCACGUGAGGGUCCAGUCCCUCCCGUCAUCCUGCCACCAGGGUCCUGGUGCUGGGGGAAGGACACGUCCACGACAAUGUGUGGCCAUCACGUACGCAGGCAGUGUUGCCAGCCCCUAUGUGUGCCUCUGCCCUUGUUCCUGGGGGCUCUCCAGUUAAAAGAAGCAGUUGGCACGCUGGUCAUCUUUGGAAAAUUCCCGUUCCCCAACCCUCCCUUUGCUUUCUACCAAUGAAGAGCAUUUCCACCUUGCCCUGCGCUCAGAAGUGAGACCUUAAUCCCUCGUCAUAAAUAAGGCAGGAGCUCCUGGGCCAACGCAGGGGUCUUUGCUGGGUCACUUGCUGCGUAACAGAGCCUGGAGGAAUGGAGAAGGAGGGAACAUGGUGUUCAGAGGAGACAGCUUUCAAGCAGAGCCCACAGAAGGAGGGGAAGGAACGCUAGAAAAGCCUGUGGCUGUUUUCCAAGGGUCUCAGGCUAAUGGUGUUUAAUGGGCCUCAAACCAGGCCGGGAUCAGUGUGUCAUUUCUGUGCACCUCAAAAAGGACAGCCUCGGCAACCUGACCCUGCUCGCCAGCCCCGGCCUGCAGGCGGAGAGCUGCGGCCGGCUGGACCACGCCAUCGGCGACUCGGCGGUGACGAUAUGGCACAAGUGCAAGUGGGCUGCCAGCACCGGCACCGGCAGCGAGCACACGCUCGUCAAGAGGUGUCACACGCAGAUCACCAAGACCUUCAAAGACAGCUGCCCAGGGAAGAUGCUAUUGAGGACAGACCUUCAGUACCACACAGAUCCACUUUUGGAAGAUGCAAACGGAAACCAGCCAGAAAGAAAGAGCUACAACCCCUGGGGACUGCACUGUCACAGGCAGCACCUGAACCGCAUGUCCUCCAAGUAUAAUGAGAACAAACUUCACCAAUUUCUAUUGCUUGAGAAUGUGGUAUCAAAAUACAGCUACCCCUGCAUCCUGGACUUAAAGAUGGGCACCCGGCAGCACGGAGAUGACGCCUCAGAGGAGAAGAAAGCGCGUCACAUCAAGAAGUGUGAACAGAGCACCUCUGCCUCUCUGGGUGUUCGCAUCUGUGGGAUGCAGGUCUACCAAGUGGACACUGGCCAUUUUCUCUGCAAGGAUAAAUAUUACGGGAGGAAACUCUCACCUGAAGGAUUCAGGCAAGCCUUGCGCCAGUUCCUGUGCAAUGGUAACCACCUCAGAACAGACGUCCUGGAGCCCAUCAUCCUGCAGCUAAAAGCUCUGCUGUCUGUCAUCAAGAAGCAAAGCUCUUACAGGUUCUACUCCAGCUCACUUCUCAUCAUUUAUGAUGGACUGGAGCACAAAGAGAACACAGCACCCUUGGAUAAUCACCUCCAGGGGCACUUCCAAAAAACAAACUGCACCACAACACAUGGCACCAAUCACGCCAGAGUGGACGUCCGCAUGAUAGACUUUGCCCACACCACUUUUAAAGGCUCCAAAUGCAACCACACCACUUAUGACGGGCCAGACCAUGGCUAUAUUUUUGGCUUGGAGAACCUCAUCAAAAUUCUUCAGAACAUCUUGGAAGGAAAAUGACGAAUUCUGUGAAAUAGCCUGAAUUUACUAGUGACCGAUAUCCCUGAGAAGUAUUGCAUUGGGUCAGUUGUAUGGGACCCUCACAGCUGCUGAAUGUCACGUGCACGGUUUGGAAUGAGAGCAUGGACAGCUUGCUAGGAAAAACUGCUACGUGCCAUUACUGAACUGAAGCGUAAAAAGCAAAGAGCUGAAAGAAUCUGUUCUGUCUGCAAUCAAUCAGAAGAUUUAUUUUCCUUUCUUGUUUUACUGCUGUCCUUGAUUUAUUUGCGAGUCAAAAGAAAGCAUUACUUGAAAGAGUCUUAAUGAUAAAAUAGGACCUGCUCACCUCCACCACACUCACAAAGCCAAGCAGGCUAAGAAGAUGUUGUGCAUUUGAGUGAGACUAUUAAAAUGAGCUGGCAGGUCUUAACAGAUUGCAGCAUUACUCUCAUCUCACGCUCAGUGCUACGGGCCGAACACACUCACAGACACAAGUGGAAGAAAAAUGCACACCCUGACAUUCACACUCCACGUGCCCAGCGCUGCAAGACUGUUCUUGCAAGUCAUUUUCCAUACAGCGCGGGUAUUUGGUGCUUUGUUGAAACACAAAUGUACCAGACGCAGAGCUCCUGGUUCUGUACUGCUUAAGGUGUAAAAGCAGGUGUUCCUCAGACCAAGAACUGGACCUUGCAAAGGUUUAAUAUCCCUGCAGGACAUAACAGGGCAUGUUUCCUAAACUUUCUAGGCAAGAAGCUCCUUGGGGGCUGACGUAUGGGAAUGUGAUGAUCCUGUCAGAUACUAGUCACAAAAAACAUUCACAUCAAGGUACUUAAGCUCCUAAUUAAAAAAAAAUAAUAAUAAAAUCAGGGACUAGACUUUAAAGUUCACCUAGAAAUUCUUUGAUACAAAUAUUGUGUAUGUGUUUGGAGGAGACAAUAACAAAAACUUGAUACAAUGUUUACAGCUUUUGUUGACAGAUUUUAUUAUGGAACAAAUAUAAUUCCUUCCUGCAUGGUGUAGGAAACUUGUAUGAAAAGUCCUUACACAAGGAAUAGAGGUACAGAACCCAGUUAUUGGGGACUGGGGAUACAAAUAAAGUUGUCUAAGUAACGCUCA